AUGCUCGUAGAGCUACUAGAGAAACUCCCCACACAACUGAAGCUGCAGUGGGCAAUGUUUCCCAAAGACACUAAGGUACCAUCUUUUAGCAAAUGGAUCUACGACAUAGUUGAAGCAGCAAGCCAGGUAACAUCGCCGCUUUACCAUAAGAAGAGCGGAAGUCUAAAUCAUCACACAGAGGCACCUAAAGAGCAGGCCAAGGAAAUUACCUCUGCCAACAAUGCCUACACCGUCAUCACCAAAAGUGCCAACGUGAAAAGGUUUGCGGCAUACGAGGCUGCCGAAGCAAACAUCACCAUUGAUCCACGAGAUGCAGCCAAUACCAGAGGCUGCGAAAUCCAGCAGCCCAAACAGGCCAGCUAUGGUCACCAACAUCCACUGUGCCUAAAAUGGACCAACGAUACAACACGUGAAGAAAAUGCAUCGGAACGUGUCACGCUUACGGUUGCCAAUCCACAUAAUGGCAAUCAAUUCUACUUGGAAGAGUUUCACAGUGUAGAUACCCUGGAUCUACCUGUACAGUCUAUCGACAUAAGGGCUCUCGCCAAAGAAUUCCCCCACCUAGCGGGACUACCGAUAGCAUCAUACACCAACGCACGCCCAUGCAUCCUAAUCAGCACAAAUAACUGGAACCUCGCCGUACCCCUUAAAAUCAAAGAGGGGGCGUGGCACCAACCAAUUGCGUCAAAGACGCGACUGGGAUGGGCACUACAAAGCUCCACGCCAUCAAGGGCCUCUAAUGUCAGCGUUCACAUGUGUGGAUGCAGAGACGCAGACGCCAAGCUGCAUGAGAUCAUCAAACAAGCGUUCUCAUUAGACGCUACCACAGCAAAACCGCUAUUAUCACCAGAAGAAACUCAAGCUCUAACCAGACUUGAAUCUACUACCGCCUUGAAGUACGGCAGGUACGAGUUGAAGGAGCAAAUCACCAAGCAAAUCGAAAACCUCGUCGAAAAGGGCUAUGAGAAGGUCCGGCUUGUAUGGGAUCCAGCCGCCCAAUCCAGCGGCAAGGCCCUGAAUGACUACAUCUGGAGUGGUCCAGAUCUCCUAAACUCCCUGUUUGACCUCCUACUCUCAUUCCGAGUGGGACGAGUGGCGAUCUGUGGCGAUAUCGCCGAGAUGUUCCACCAGAUCCGAGUGAGACCAGCAGACACCCAUGCGCAAAGGUUUCUGUGGUUCGACAGCAAAUCCGAGAGGCAAGAGCCUAACGUCUAUGUUAUGGAAGCGCUUACUUUCGGAAUCAAUUGCGCACCCUGCAUUGCACACUUUAUUCGUGACAAAAAUGCAGAUCGAUUCUGCCAACAGUACCCUCAAGCGGCACAAGCCAUGAAUGACUACCAUUACGUGGAUGAUUUUAUAUACAGCGGCGACGUGGAAGUCGGAAACAUCGCAACUCAAGUCAGAGACAUCCAUGCAGCAGGUGGUUUCCACAUACGCAAUUGGUCUUCGAACUCAAAGGAGGUCCUACGAAUACUAAAGAGCGAUUCGCUACUCCCCGAAGCUGCCGAAAUUACCGCAACAGAAAAGGUACUCGGCUUAUAUUGGAUGCCGAACUCCGACGUAUUCACAUUCAUCUGCAAGUUCGCCAGGCUGAAGCGCAACGUUUUAGACAGCGACAAAACACCAACCAAACGCGAGCUCUUGCAAGUACUUAUGUCAAUGUACGACCCACUCGGCUUCAUCUCAUGCUUUACAAUAGAGCUGAAAAUCAUACUGCAAGAAGUCUGGAGAAGCGGCAUUGGCUGGGAUACUGGUUUGCCCAACGCAUUGUUACCCAAAUGGAUACGAUGGAAACGGAUCCUUACAACAAUCGCCGGAUUGACCAUCCCGAGAUGUUAUUUCAACAGCAGCGAUCAAAUCCAUGAUGUCCAGUUACACAUGUUCGUUGACGCCAGCGAAUUGGCAUACGCAGCAGUCUGCUACCUUCGGAUACGCCAGUGGGAAAGAACCUACCUCAGCUUCGUGGCCUCAAAGGCGAAAGUGGCACCGUUGAGUCCACUAUCUAUACCAAGGAUGGAACUGCAGGCCGCAGUUAUCGGAGCAAGGCUGAGUAACCGAAUCCAACGCAAUCCAAGUUUGUCAAUUAACUCGAGUUGUUAUUGGUCCGACUCAAAGACUGUUCUCAAAUGGCUUCGUAUGGAUCCACGAAAGUUUCAGCAAUUCGUCAUGCACCGCGUGGGCGAAAUACUGGAAUUCACAAACGUUAGCCAAUGGAACUGGGUUCCAACCAACCUUAACCCUGCAGAUCUUGCUACUAAAACAAACAACGCCAAUAAAUAUAAAACUUGGCUACAUGGUCCAGACUAUUUGCUGCAGGAUCAACACGAGUGGCCAAAAUGCGAUGAUUUGGGGCCACCAAACAAUGCUGAAGUCAAUUCGCCGAUGGAGCUAAAACUUAACGCGGAAUAUUUUUCCGACUGGCGCAGGCUAUAUCGAGCUUUAGCGCGCUUUAUUCUCUACAUUGAGAAACUGAAAGCGAAACAAAAGAAGGCAUCGCCACCUAUAGAGGUGUCUUACGAUAUGAUUCAGCAGGCACGCACACUUCUACUGCGGCAUACGCAGUCAUCUGAAUUCAACCCAGAAAUUCGCAACUUAACGAGAGAUGAAAACCAGCUCCUACGUACCCGAGGGCGAGCAGAAAACCUAAACGGCCAAAUCCAAAUACUGCUCCCAUAUGGGCACCACAUUACUCGGCUCAUAGUGAACUGGUAUCAUCAGGAAAUGCACCACACAUCCCAUGAGACGUGUAUUAACAGGAUUCGAGGCAUGUUUUACAUACCACGCCUACGAGUCUUAUACAAAGGCAUGCGGAAGUCUUGCCAACGCUGUAAAAAUGAGAGCGCCAUGCCUAUUCCACCGCAAAUGGCUCCCCUGCCCAUCGCCAGGCUGGCUGCCUACCAACGUCCCUUCACUUACGUCGGUAUCGACUACUUCAUGCCCUUCUUGGUUGCUGUAGGACGGCGAAGCGAAAAAAGAUGGGGCGUUAUUUUCACCUGCCUAACCAUAGGGGCAGUGCAUAUAGAGCUGGCGUGCUCUUUGGACACUGCAUCGUGCAUAAUGUGCAUCCGAAACUUCAUCAAUCGGCGCGGGACCCCGAGAGAAAUUUACAGCGACAAUGGCACUAACUUCAAAGCUGCCGAAAAGAUUAUCUGUGACAAAGCGCAGACGAUCAACUUCAACGCCGUGCAACCGGCGUUCGAUGACAUCAAAUGGAAAUUUAAUCCACCAGCCGCUCUUCAUAUGGGGGGAGCAUGGGAGCGACUUGUUCGUUCCGUCAAGACUGUACACUACGCAAUCUGCCCAGCGAGAAAAUUCACCAGCGAGGGCCUACAAAGCGCACUCUGGGAAGAUCAGCAAGCGGCUAUAAACCAGUCUUCGAAACCAUACAUACCGUACAGCACAUGUGGCAAGCUGUACAAGAAUUCGCCGAUCAAUUCUGGCGACGAUGGGUACGCGAAUACGUUCCAGAUUUAG